AUGUCAUUCUUCACAUACUUUAUCAUAUUUUUCUCUUCCAUUAUAUCAUCGACAAGAGCCUUUGAUGCUGAUGCUAGUACCAAUGUUGCUGUUUAUUGGGGCCAAAACUCUGAAGGUGACCAACAAUCCUUAGGCACUUACUGUGAAUCAUCCGAUGCCGACAUCUUUAUUCUAUCCUUCUUAUACGAAUUCCCAACUCUAGGCUUAAACUUCGCUAAUGCAUGCUCUGACACCUUUUCAGAUAGUUCCCUUCUACAUUGCUCCCAAAUUGCUGAAGAUAUCCAAACUUGCCAAUCUUUGGGUAAAAAAGUUUUAUUAUCUUUGGGCGGCUCAAGCGGUUCAUAUGGAUUCACUAACGAUUCUCAAGCAGAAACGUUUGCUGAAACUCUAUGGGACACUUUCGGAGAAGGUUCAGGUGUUACUGAUCGUCCAUUCGAUACUGCUACUGUUGACGGUUUUGAUUUUGAUAUCGAAAAUAAUGAGAGUACUGGUUAUGCUGCUUUGGUUAAUAAAUUGAGAACUUUGUUUGAGGAUGGUAGUAAAACCUACUACAUCUCAGCUGCUCCACAAUGUCCAUACCCUGACGCCUCUGUAGGCGAUCUAUUAGAAAAUGCAGAUGUUGAUUUUGCUUUCAUUCAAUUCUAUAACAAUUACUGUAACGUUGAUAAAGAGUUUAACUUUGAUACCUGGGUUAAUUAUGCUGAAAAUGUGUCUCCAAACAAGAAUAUCAAACUAUUUGUUGGUUUACCAGGUUCUUCUACCGCUGCCAGCUCUGGAUACAUUUCUGACUUAGAUACUGUUAGAUCAAUGGUUGCUAACCUUUCCUCAUAUUCUAAUUUUGGUGGUAUAUCUUUAUGGGAUAUUUCUCAAGCUGAUGCUAAUGAAAUUGAUGACGAAACGUACUUGUAUUGGAUGAAGGAGAUUUUAGAAAAUGUUGGUACCGCAUCUUCUAGUUUUUCCAAUUCUUCUGCAUCUAUUUCUGUUGUCACCUCAAUAGCAUCUUCCUCAUUGAUUGUUAGUCCUACUGCCACUUCUACAGUCUUAUCCACAAUUGCUAGUUCUGAAAUAAUACCAUCCUCAAUUUCUUCAUCCUCAAGCUCCUCCUCGCCUACUAUAUUGAGUCCUGUAACUUCAGCAUACAGUAGUGAUGUAACCUCUUCCACUUCCUCCGUUGAAACUACCAAUUUACAGACUACAUUAGACCCUACAACUUCAAACUUUUUAUCGACCUCUACAACUGAAUUCAGAACCACAUCGACCUUAGAACCCGUUGUUAUCACGGAUCAUGAAAAUGUUACUACUGACGCUGUUGUUACUACUGACGCUGUUGUUACUACUGACGCUGUUGUUACUGCCUCAGAUUGUUCAUCUUUGACUGAAUCCGCUUCUUCAUUUUCAAGAUCUACUACUGUUUUAUCUCCAACAUCUACAAUUCCAGUUUCUAGCACCACAUCUUCAUCUACCGUCGAAACUACAACCGCUACAUCGACAACUGCUGUAACUGUUGCCACAUCUGCUCAUGAAAAGGCCGUGGAAUUGAACGAACAAUAUUCUCAAGGAUUAUACAACGGUGAAUCGACCUGUACUGAGGGUGAAAUGGCCUGUUCUUCUGAUGGUAAGUAUGCUGUUUGUAACUGGGGCACAUGGGUAACUUUUGACUGUGCUGCAGGAACCACAUGUUAUGCAUACGAUUAUAAUGAUGAAAUUUUCACCCAAUGUAACUGGAGUUACUUGAAAUCCAACUUUGAAUAA